CUACGUUCGUAUUUUAAUAUUAGUGUAGAUAAUGAUAAGUUCAUUUUGUUACUACAGCAAGAUAAAUAAAAAUUCAUUUCUCGAACGUCUAUUCUUAUUAAUUCUAUAUUCAACGAAGAUAGUAAUUAAAAAGGGAACAGUUUAUACGAUUUUCUCAUCCAUAUUUAAUUGGCAACAGAGGAAGAAGUCACGAGGUGUACACGAGUGUAUCAAGUGCCGUGCUCGUUUCCGUCACAUGAUGAAAUUAGUCGAACACUUGAAGAAUCUCCAUGGUAUUGAACGAGCAUUCAAUUGCGACGAAUGUGGGAAGGCCUUUCGUAGUCCAAUGAACAUAAAACGUCACAAAUUGAUCCACACUGGUCAAAAAAAAUUCGCUUGCGAUCUUUGUGAUUACGUUUCCAAUCAAAAAUCAAACUUGGAAUCUCAUCUUCGCAGACAUAGAAAGGAUUACGUUUACAAGUGCGAAAAGUGUCAGAAAGGAUUUUUUGAUAGGGCAGACUAUGAAGAACAUUUUAACGUACACGUCAAAGACAAAUUUUAUCAAUGUGAAUAUUGCAAAAAAAUGUAUUCGUAUAAGAAAAACUUAACUAGGCAUUUGAGAAUUCAACAUACGAAUUUGUCCUGUAACACGAAUGUUUCAAGUCCAGCAACGAACAAACUCAUUGGCAGAAUCAACUUGACUGAUCAAAAUUUAUUAAAAGAUAAAACUUCUAAGUUGAUCACAACGAAGUAUCUUUGUGAUUUGUGUGGUAAAGCUUUAUCCUCGCACAAGAGAUUAGCGAUUCACAGACGUGUCCAUACUGGUGAAAAAAUAGCGACUUGUGAAAUAUGUGCUAAGAAAUUUAGUAGUAAAGAGAAUUUGAAAAUUCAUUUGCGAAUUCACACUGGAGAGAAACCGCACAUUUGUUCCGAAUGCGGUAGACGUUUUACGCAAAGGACAUCUCUGGUUAUGCAUCUUCGUUAUCAUUCGGGAGAAAGACCAUUUAAAUGUCCUGAUUGUGAUAAGAGUUUCAUUUCCGGUACAUUCCUUAAGAAUCAUCGUAAAAUACAUAACAAGACCUUCGCCGAUGCUAAAAAAACCCUUGGAAAGGACGACAACCAUUUAGAAUUGAACUCGUCGAUUUCUAAAAAGAAUAUUAUAUCAUCUAAAUAGGAACAAUUUACAUAAUAUUUUUAUAUAUUAGAAACGAUUGUAUGUACUCUUUAUUUAUAUCAGUAUUAAAUAUUUCCUUCGAUCUAA